CGCUGAAGUCUAAUUUCAUCCAAAUCUUGGCCAAGCCCGCACAGUGGGUGUGCGCCAUCGCAUAAGGAAUACCAUACCAUACCAUACCACGCCCGCAGCGGGUUUUGGCCAUUCUUGGAAAUCAUCAUCAACAACCGUAUAGAUGCGAGAGGCGCACACGACGUAGGAACAGAAGAAGAAGAAGAGGUGGACGCCAUGUACUGGAGCCAGGAGGAACCGAGCAAAAGUCCAGGUGACGCCGGGUCACCCGCUCGAGGGACGCCUCACUUCGUCAUACGCCCGAGCUCGCCGGCGACCAGGCACUCCCCCUUAGACAGCCCCGUGGCCGGAACACCGCUGCCGCCCGUUAUGUUCGCGUUUCCGCUCGAGCCCCAGGAAGCGGCGCCCGUAAAGCAGCAUCGGAAGCGCAGGAGCAAGAGAAAGAGGAAGCGCAGGAAGAAGGGUGCCAAGCGCAACGACGCGGCCAGCCACGAGGAGAAGGCGCCCAAGGAUCAAAGAGAAAAUCACGUGACCUACCUCGGAGUAAAGGCGGGCUGCUGGACACCUCCCAGGCGGAAUAUUUGCGAUUCGGGUUUGUCGCAGCAUGUGACCGCAGUGCCAACGCCUUCAUUACUCGAGCUCAAAAAUAAGGCCAGAUCAGAAGCAAGCCCCAAGUUAACGUUCACAGCGAACGCCGGGAACGUUGCCUCGGCUACCUACGCACCAACGCUCGACGGCGCCCCGACGACCAAGGUCGAGGGCGGGGCCUCCAGUCCCGGCCUUGGUACCUGCGUCGGGCAGUUCCCGCCGGCGGCCAUCUCGGUCGACAAGAUUGCGGAGAAAAGCCCCGACGCGAGCGAAGGCUGGAACUCUAUGCAGCUGCUGCCGGGCGCCGGACGCACAAAGAGCGGCAUCGACCACUCGAUGGGCUCUGUACAUUCUAGCACGAAGGGUUCGACGGGAGCAGCGGUGAGGAAAGCAGCGCCGACAAGCGGCGAGUCGGCGCCCUACGUGGUCGCGGCGUUCGCCCUGCUGUCCAUAGUCAUCUUUCUGGUACUGCUGCUGCCGAACAGGCCUGCCAGGAAAGCGGUCGUCUUGGCUCACAGGAAGAACACUUCCCGCCCCGUCUCCCCGCCACCGUCAAAAAAGCCUCCGGCGUACAUGAGAAGCGCGACCACGACGGCUUCGUCCGCUGCCACCACGAAAAAACUCGUUCUUGUAACAUAAUCGCCGCGUUUUUAGGACAACCAAUACUGAUAUCGGAACGAUCUCUGCAUAGUUAUAACGUUUAAAAUGAAGAGAGAACACUGUUUUUCAGUGGGACACAUUGCAUGCAGAUGACGCACGAAUGAGCGCUAAUGUGCAGCUAAUUUCUGCAUCGACUGUAUGAGAUUUACUUCUAAACAUAGGAGAUCACAAAUAUAAUUAUUCUUGGUAACCAAGCGAAAGUAGAGGGGCAGCGCAAUUUUGACUGAGCACAAGACGAAGAAAGGACGAACACGGCGCAGUUACCAAGAUUCGCAGCCGUGGCGGGCAUCGGGAUUUACUCGAUAAUCGCCCGUGCGAUGAUGAACAAAAUGUGUAUAUAUAUUUAACUAAUUUAGGCACAUUGUUUCUAAUUUAAGAUCCUAACUUAGCCAUUCCACAAUGCAUAAUGUUUUUGCUACA